AUGUCAGAUGACAUUAAGGCUAUGGCGGCAUCGGCUGCAAUUAAUUUGGCAAUGGAAGCAAAGUUUCAAAAGAUUGUUUUGAAAGGAGACUCUAAGGCUGUUAUUGAAGCAUGUAAAAAGGCAGAUAGAUUCGAUGGCCGGUGGAUCGGAGGUGGCCGAGACGUCUUUAUCGUGUGCUCAAUGUGGCAAGCCUGCUCGUCUUCAGUGUCCCAAAUAGCAAGGGAAGUUUUGGAUGCGGCUGCUCGUAUAAUUCGACCUGGUGUGACUACUGAUGAAAUUGAUGCCGUUGUUCAUGAAGCAACAAUUGCUGCCGGUCAGUCAAUGAAGUAA